AUGAAUGCUAUGAUAGUAAAAAAGAAUAUCUUUUUGAUGCCCUUAGGUCGACGUGUAAGGUGUUGCAGUUCAAGGUUUUUAAAUGUGUCGUAGAUGAAACAGAUACUAAGUCGUGGUUUUUCGUUUUUUUCUUUACGUCUUCUUUUGAUGUCAUUUCCUUAGUGAUCGAAACUAAAAGCAGUGACUAAAAGCAGUUUUUGCAUGAUAAGGGUAUUAAAUGUAAUUUUAAGUAUUCUACCAAAACUUAAAUCGACAAUCCAAUAUGAGCCAAUUAGUUUAUAUAUAGCUUAAGUAUCUGACACUUGAAUAAAGUUUAUUAUUAUUAUUUUAUUAUCAUUAUCAUAAUUUAUUAUUAUUAUUAUUAUUAACAACAUUAAGAUAUUUAUUAGCAGUCGCUUUUACAUAUAGGGUAUUACCAUGAAAAAGGAUACAGUAUUUUGCUUACAUGAUGUCCAAAAUUAAAAUAAAGAUUUUAAUUUGCAAUGUUACAAACAAGGGCUAACCUAAUUUUUUAUGAAAGUAAGUUUUUGUUUCUCUUUUAAAGAAUGGGAAAAGACCCCAGGGAAGACCCCAUAAGUCCUUUCCCAGCCGAGUCCAGGAAUGGAUCGACCUAGCCUGUUCCAAGCGUUCAGAUAGUGGAGAGCAGUGCGAAGUAAAGAAAGCGAUGAAAAGUAGAGGGGGGCCCCACUAUCUGAACGCCUGGAACAGGCUAGGAUCGACCCCAACAAGCACUUUUCAGAGGAUGACAUCGUGCACACUGGCCAAGACUGCGCCAGUUGGAGACGAAUUUCAGUUGACUGCUCUUCGAUCGACCGAUGAUGAUGAUGAUAUUUUUGUUUCUCGUGAGUUACGAAUUGGUGUCUGA